GAUGUUGAAAAAGUAACUAUUCGUUACAAAGUACUCGUUACUUGCGAUUACCGAAAGUAACGAUUACUAUUCAGAGAAACAAAUCGUUACUUUGAUUACUCUGAUUACUUCGUUACAUCGUACCAAUCGUUGAUUACUUUGAUUACUCUGAUUACUUUGAUUACUAUGAUUACUUUGAUUACUCUGAUUACUUUGAUUACUCUGAUUACUUUGAUUACUCUCAUUACUUUGAUUACUCUGAUUACUUUGAUUACUCUGAUUACUUUGAUUACUCUGAUUACUUUGAUUACUCUGAUUACUUUGAUUACUCUGAUUACUUUGAUUACUCUGAUUACUUUGAUUACUCUGAUUACUUUGAUUACUCUGAUUACUUUGAUUACUCUGAUUACUUCGAUUACUCUGAUUACUCUGAUUACUUUGAUUACUCUGAUUACUUUGAUUACUCUGAUUACUUCGUACCAAUCGUUGAUUACUUUGAUUACUUUGAUUACUCUGGUUACUCUGAUUACUUCGUUACUUCGUACCAAUCGUAUCAGAGCGAGUAGUGACUAUUGUAUCUACUUUGAUUACUCUGAUUACUUCGUUACUUCGUACCAAUCGUUGAUUACUUUGAUUACUCUGAUUACUUUGAUUACUCUGAUUACUUUGAUUACUCUGAUUACUUCGGUACUUCGUACCAAUCGUAUCAGAGCGACUAAUGACUAUUGUAUCUACUUUGAUUACUCUGAUUACUUCGUUACUUCUUACCAAUCGUAUCAGAAGAGCGAGUAACGAUUAUUGUAUCUACAAUCUACAACCAUUACUUUACUUACAUACUUUCUAGACUGACCGUAAAAAUGUGGAAAUGAUUAUGUUUCUACAGUAUGAGUAUGAUCAAUGAUCAACAACUUUAAUUUUGUAUGCAUUGCAUUGGUUUUAUUAGAAUUAGACCAGGGCAUUUAGCACUAAAAGCACCAGAAUAAAUAGAUUUUUAAAUAGAGCACCUAGACUUGCAACUUUUUGCGUUGUGUUCAGGAUGAACUCAAGAAAAAGGUUACAAUAGAAAAAUGGGUGGAAAUGCAUAAGCGCAUUUUAAAAUGUAUAAAAUGCAUCCAAAAGUUCAUAAACAUGUCAAAAUCAGUAUACGGUCAGAUUUUGUUAUUCGGGGGGUUUUUGGGGUCACUGAAUACGAAUAUGCAAUCAGAACCGACCUCCGAAGCACCUCUGGUAUCCAGGGUUAUUCAAAGGUACGUCAUCUAGAGUUUAGAGGGUUUUUGCCACUUAAUUGAUGCAAACAGAUUACUCGAGGGUUUUUAGGAUCUUCUUCUUUAAGUGCCAUCUCCGCUGCGGAGGCGGCAAUCAACAUAGCUAUUCGUAUUUUAGAGACGGUUGCUCUGAAAAGUUCAUGCGCAGCCAUGAUAUUCUGCGUCUCCCUAUGCUUCCCUUUCCUUGAAUAUUUCCCUGCAUAAUCAAUUUAAGCAAGCUGUAUCUCUCUCCACGUGAAAUAUGUCCGAGAUAUUCCAAUUUUCUUAUUUUGAUGGUAUUUAGGAUUUCCAUCUCUUUAUUCAUCUUUCUCAGAACCUCUUUGUUUGUGACGUGUUCUGUCCACGAUAUUUUCAGAAUUCUUCUGUACACCCACAGCUCGAAUGAUUUUAGUUUUUUCAUUGAUGCAGCAUUCAAGGUCCAAGCUUCCAUUCCAUAAAGCAAAGUCGAGAAAACGUAGCAUCUAGCCAACCUAACUCUUAGCUCCAACUUUAAAGCUGUUGUGCAGAGCACUUUUCGCAUUUUGUUAAAAUUUACUCUAGCCUUUUCUAUUCUGAUUUUGAUUUCCUGUAAGUAAUCUCCUGUGGAGUUGGAUCAUUGUUCCAAGAUAUGCAUAUUGGUCGACUCGUUCGAUAUUCGAUCCGUUUUUGAAUAGAUUUUCGUUAUUUCUUUGAGUUUUCGAUAUUCUCAUAAACUUUGUCUUCUUGACAUUCAUUGGUAGCCCGUAUUCUUGUCCAAACUCCUAUAUUCUGGUCACCAGCCUCUGAAAAUCCCCAAUAUUUUCAGCUAAGAUGACAGUGUCAUCCGCAUAUCUAAUGUUGUUAAUGGGAACUCCAUUUACUUUUAUUCCACCUGUUUCACCCUCAAGAGCUUUUUUUAAGAUCGCUUCCGAGUAGACAUUAAAAAGAAUUGGCGACAACACGCAUCCCUGUCUCACUCCACGUCUGAUUUCAAUUUCCUCUGACAACUGAUUGUUAACACGUACUUUUGCUCAAUGCUUAUAGUAUAAAUUCGAUAUAAUCCUGAGGUCAUUUGUAGUCUAUGUUCUUUGAUUCCCGGACAUGCAUUAAUAAUUGUUAAUGUCGUACUUUAUCGAAUGAUUUAUUAUAGUCAAUAAAACACGCAUACAGUAGGAAAAUGAAAGAAUACCCAUGAACGAACAUAUAAACACGCUGUAUUUUCCUGUCACCGUGUUACACAAAAAAUUGGCCAGCGCAAGUACAUGUAAUAAUUAUUGUUACACGUACUUGCACUGGACAAUUUUCUUUGUGACACGGUAACAGGAAAAUACAGCGUAUUUUGUAUGUUCGUUCAUAGGUAUUCUUUCAUUUUUCCGACUGUAUAUAUCUUGAUUGACGUCCAGGCACCUUUGUAUAAGUAUGUUAAGUGAAAAAAGAACUUCACGAGUUCCCAGGCCUUUGUGAAACCCAAAUUGCGUAUCAUUUUACCAGUACCAGUUUAUGAUAUAGGUACAAGUACAUAUUCUAACAGAACAUAUUCAUAUAGGUACAAGUGUACAUGUACAACUAUACGCUUUCAGUCGAAGGUACUAGGGACCAUAACAAAUGCACCUUCUUGGUUUAUACCAAACAGGGAAAUCCGAGACGAUCCCAAGUAGGCACAGUUAAGGAAAUAGUAAGUGAAUACAGCAGCCGCUAUUUGGUGGAAUUGAAAAACCACCCAAACAAUCUUGCACUAAUCCUGAUAGAUAAUAGUGAGCACUGAGCAGACUCGGAGACUGAAGAGCCACAAACCACUGGAGCUACCGUAUAGGUUCUUAGGUUCUAAGCAGCAGUGAAGUGCAGUGAAGUACUUAGCGUUAAAGGCACAUUUCAAUAAUCUAAGAGACUAUUGGAGUUUUUGUUAUCACUGGAUAACAGAUCUAAAUUUAUACAUAGGUACACCCUUUUGUACAAACAAAAAAACAUGUUUGUAAUUUUUAUGUAUGGAUUCACUCACCAUAGAUAAAACCCUUAUUCACCACCAACCCUUCUUCUAUACCUCUAUGUACGUUUAGUUUAAAAAUAUUUACCUUAUUUUAACUUCGCCAAAAAUUAAUAAGUAAACGUCUAUGAGGCAGUUAACGUGUUAAAAUAGUUUAGUACCGCGAAAUUGCGAGUAAUUAAGUUCCAGGAACUUCCCUGACACGUUCUUGUGUUGAGUUAAAUAUCUACUUUUAAUGGUUACGCAUUUAACAAAAGGCAUGGUUUUUGAAAAUUCAAAAGCCCCUCAUAAAUUUCUCUUACAACAUAUGGACUUACAACUGAGCGACAAGUCUAAUUGUGCCCGUAUCUUUUUACGAAGGAAAUGAAGUACUUUUUUGAAAUGUGUGUGAUAAAGUAAUUUGUCUUGUCUUGUCAAUUGUGUAUUAUUCCGAAUUUCGAGAUAAGUUGUAACGAACGAGGUUUCCGUAAUAUGGAACCAUAUGUGUGCUUUUUGACCAUCGAGAUUCAAUGGACAAAAGGAUAAAGGAUUUAACUUUCUACUUCUGGAUAGAAGGAAGGGGUAGAAGGAAACUACGAUGCUCCGAAGAUUUCAAUUUCAUUUCAGUGUUUCAGAUUCUAAUUAACGCUCAAACAAGCAAUACGUUACGUACCCUUGUGCUAAGUGCUAAGAAGAAGAAGCCGUUUCAGUUUCAACUCUUCACUCUUCAAAAGACGUAUCUUUGCUAUUGCUACUUGCUACGAAAGUAGCUAUCGGUUAAUAUGGAAGAAACAUAUAAAAGAAGUGAAAUUUGGUUACAUUUCUCACCUUCAUCUGAUGGGAAGGCCAAGUGUAAUAUAUGUGGAAUAAUAUAUUCCUAUAAAGGCGGUUCAACGUCAAAUUUGAAGAAACGCAUAUCAAUCAAACAUCACACCUUUUUAAAUAAACAUGCUAGUUCCAAUACAGGUGCAUCAUCAUUGAAACGAUUAAAGCCAAAUGAUGAUGAAGAUGCUCAAUCCAUUGCUUCAACUUCAAGUCAGAUUACGACGCUAACAAGUGUAUCUGAAUCUGCAUUGCCUUUGUCGUCUAAAAAAUUAAAACAACCCUCUCAAACAUCAAUAUUAAGUCACCUAAAUAGACCUUGUUCACUACGACGACAGCAAGAACUCAAUGACUUAAUUUUACAUAUGAUUGUACAUGAUUUGCAACCAAUUUCAUUUGUUGAAAAUGGCGGAUUCAGGGACCUAAUGGCGGGCGUUGAACCAUCUUAUGUCAUUCCCAGUCGUUUUACAUUUACCUAUUCAUUUUUGCCCCAAAAAUUCAGCCAAAAAACUGAAAAGUUGAAAGGUUUGUUGUCCACCGCUAGUUCAGUUUCCAUUACCACCGAUGGUUGGACUGCUCAACACAGUCAAACGAGUUAUUUAGCUUAUACAGUCCAUUUCAUUACAAAAGAUUGGACGCUUUAUUCCACUCUAUUAAAAUGUCAUCAGUUUGAUGAUAGUAAAACCGCGCAACAUUUAAAAGAUGACUUAUACAGUGUUGUGAAUGAAUGGGAUAUCUUAGAAAAAGUCUUCUCGGUAACUUCAGAUAAUGCUUCAAAUAUCAAGGCAGCAAUAAAGUUGACUGAGUGGGGUCACAUUGGAUGUUUUGCUCACACGAUUAAUUUAAUUGUUCAAAGUGGGUUAGAAAUUUCUGAUGUGUCCCCAUUACGAAAAAAAGUUAAGGCGAUAGUAGAGUACUUUCAUAGAAGUACAAAAGCUAACACUAAAUUUAAGGCUAUGCAAGGUCAGAUGAAUGAGGGUCAAAGAUCAUUAAAAUUAAAAAACGAUGUAGCGACCAGAUGGAACUCUACAUAUUUUAUGAUUGAGCGUUUUCUAAAAGUUCGCGAGCCUCUAACUGCAACUAUAGGAAUUCUGCAGAUUCCUGUAGAACUGUUGACGGAAUCCGAAUGGGUCGCUUUAAAAGAAAUGUGUUGCGUUUUAAAGCCGUUUGAACAGCUCACUACAGAGAUGAGUGCAGAACAAAAUGUAACCUUAUCGAAGGUAAUUGUCAUUGUAAAGGGCCUGCUUUCAGCUGUCCAUAAAAUUGAACAGAGUACAACAAGUGACAAAAUUAAGAAUCUUAUCUAUCAUUACGAAAAAGAGAUAGGGACAAGAUUCGGUUCUGCUGAAUCAAACACUUUAAUGGCAAGAUGUGCUUUUUUGGAUCCAAGGUUCAAAACCAAAGUGUUUGAUUCAGACUAUAACUCCAAUAGUACCAAAGAGCAUAUUCAACAUGAGGUAGCUAAACUAAUCAUUUCGGAACGACGGUCGGAAGAUAUUAUUCAUGACCAUGACAAUGACGAAGUGAAUACCGGAGAAGAAACGGCCGCAUAUGACGAUCAAAAUUUAGUUUGGGAAGACUUUGAUAAGGCCGUAGAGACACCAAAAGACAUCGACUCAAAAGCAGCAGCAAUCAUCGAAGUAAGGGCAUAUUUAGCCGAAAGUCUAAUUCCUAGAAAAGAAAACCCUCUGGAAUGGUGGAAAACCAGAGCUUUCUUAUAUCCGCAUUUAGCGCAAUUGGCCAAAAAAUAUUUAUGCAUAAUGUCAACAUCAGUACCAUCAGAGAGGGUAUUUUCAACGGCUGGUCAAUUAAUUUCUGACAGAAGAAAUCGAUUGACCGGAGAAAAUGUGGAAAUGAUAAUGUUUCUACAUGAAAAUGAAAAUCUUUGAUUUUACAUGUACGACAUUGUUUUUAUAUAUUUUAUUGUUUCAUUAUAUCAUAUUCUUUUUCUUCUUAAAGUGCCCUCUCCUUUGAAGGUAAAGGUUGGCUACUACAAUUUUAUUGCAAACUCUUGUCUGUCUCGUAUCAGUUCUUAUUAGCUAUUCAAAAUUUAGCCCUGUCCAUUGUCGGAUGUUUCUUAGCCACGAUAGUCUUUUCCUUCCUAGGCCUCUCUUUCCCUCGAUCUUUCCUUUCACUGUCAGUUGAGCAUAUAUAUUAGUGCUUAUUCUUUCUCAGUACAUAUGUAGCUUAGGUAUGAUGUUUUUCUAACUUUCACUGUGUUGUUGAAAAGUUAUCGUGCUUUGCAUAUUCCGUGCAGCACUUCUUCGUUUGAGGUAUGCGAUGUCUAACAAAUUUUGAGAAUUCUCCGGUCGAUCCACAUGUCAAAGGUCUCCAAUUUAUUAAUGGUUGCAGUUUUAAGGAUCCACAUUUCAACUGCAUAGAAUAGAGAAGAGUCAACCAAACGUAGGUUUUUGAUAAACGUAGUAGAAUUUCGAAUUUAUUUCGAGAAUCAUAUAGCAGUCUUUUAACUUUUUCGAAAGAUUUUCUGGCCUGUUCUAUUCUAGAUCUUAUUUCUAGAUUAGGAUUUAGACUGCUAUCGAUCCAAUAACCCGAGGUACUUAAAUUAAAUGACCUCUUCUGUCCGUUUAUUGUACAAGGUUGAGGUAAAAUCGCCUCCAUAUUUCUAUCGCAUAUUACAUUAGUACAGUUAAAAUAAAUAUACGAUAAAUAUGAAUCAAGAGAAAUUAAACUUUUUCAACUUUUAAGUUAAGGACAAAAAGAAAGGUCAUUAGCGGAACCGAAUUCAAAAUUAUUCUGUACAUCGUAUUUGAAGCAUUAUUUGGUGAGAACACCUCAUUUUUUGUUGUACUAAACCUCUACCUCUGUUGUUGUACUAAACAUUGAUAUAAUUUUAAUACAUCGAACUGCUCUGCGUACAGACAAAUUAAAAUUUUCAAAUUUUUAAAAUUGUUUUGGUCAAAUUGCGUUAAGGGAACGGGUACGAACUUUCGGUUUCAAUGCUAUUUAAAUGGGAUUCAUUUUUUUCGAAUCCUGAGAAAACUAAGUAAUAAUUAUUUUUGAAAAAUUGAAACGCAGAAUGAAAGAUUACGUUAUUACCGAAGGCGAAGUCCCUGAAAACUUCUAUAAUGUUUAUUUUAAUAAGUUACAAGGGUGAAAAAAAAAAGAGAAAAUUUGGUGUGAUUUUUAAUUUUAAAUAUCUCAUCCAAAAGAAACUAUAUUCAUUCUAAGGGACUUUCGGCUCUCGGUAAUAAAGUAAUCUUUUAUACGAGUACUGCGUUUAAAUUUUUCAAAAAUACUUAUUAGUUUUCUCAAGAUUCGAAAAAAAUGAUUACAUUUAAAAUGCAUUGAACAUUUUGACAGGCGUCAAAAUUUUGCAUUUUCUUUCUUUCCCCUUAAUAAAUUUUUUAAUGAACUAUCCAUCCGUAAAUGGUUUGUUAUGUUAAGCAAUCUAUUUUGAAAUAUUUGAUUACUUAAUGCUGAAUUGCGUUCUUUACAUUUUUUAAAAGCGCUGCUUUGUUGUCCGUCUAAUGAUUUUUGUAAAGAGCCAAUUUUAUUUUGUCUGAACUGAGAUUCAAAUUUAUCACAUUCACUUUUGUGUUUCAUGUAGUGGUGAGACAAGCUAAUUUCUUUGAAUAGGUACUCUUAUAGAUUCUUUGCAAAUUAAGCAUAGUGCUUUAAUAAAAUUAUUAAUAAAGAAAUUAACUUUUCAUUAAAUUCACACUUUUUCUCAUUAAUUUUUUUUUCUGUUGCAUUUUAUUUAUUUUUUCUAUGAUAAGACCUGAAUUAUUUUACCAAAUUAAAAAUAACUUGUAUUUCUCAUUAAGUAUCUACUGUUGUUGUAGUGAAAUACACCUUCCCAUUAUUCUGUUAGCCCGCAUUUUUGUCAUCGGCCACAUUUCGGCACGACACUAAGUUUUUUGAUUUUUUCUAAAAUUAUAUUGAUGCUUUGGCGGGCCCUCAAAAAGAGGAUAGCAUGCGGCCCGCGGGCCAAAGUUGCCGACCCCUGCAUAUUGUAUCGUAUUGUAUUAUUAUUAUUGUAUUAUAUUGUAUUAUUGUAUUUUAUUGUAUUGUAUUAUAUUAUUGUAUUUUAUUGUUUUUAUUUUUGUAUUAUAAAUAGCUUAAAUAAAAAUAAAAAACUUAAAA